ACCUUUUGGCUCUUUAAAAGCUGCUGUCUCUGGUGUCUGUCUGCUUCAUUAUCGCUCUGUCAUAGUUGGAUGGGAUUCCUAUCCACUCUGCCUUGCAUCUCCCAACCCAUAACUGGAACUGAGCUGAAUAAGAACAAACCACAGACAACAGCCUACCUGGCAUUGAAACAAAUAGGAACCUCCUGGACUAUUACUUACUCGUUGUUGUUUGACAACGUGUAUCUUGCGGGAAACAUGCUUCUGUACCCUGACCUUCUGGCCCUACUGUUCCUCCAGCUUGCGCUCUCCAGCCCAUGGACACUAGCCUCCCGGCUGCCUCCUCUCAGUGGAGGGAAUCCCUUCAGUAAGGGCUCCCAGGUGGCCAGGGCCCCCACACAGAGGCAGCAGUCUGGAGAGCUCAGCACCACUGUCCUGGCCCUGGGGGAGCCCUGUGGGGUCUACACUCUGAGCUGUGCCCGUGGACUCCGCUGCACCCCACCACUGGGGUACCCCAGCCCCCUCCAGGCCCUGCUGCAGGGCCGGGGAGUCUGUAGCAAUGCCAGUGGGCCCAGCCCUUCUGAGAGGCCCCAGCCCACAGCCACACGCCCAACACCCAGUGAAGACCUGGAGAAGGCUCCAUGCCGUAGGCUGCUUAACACUGUACUUAAAGGUCUGCAGCCCCUGGUCUUCCAGUCAGACUGUGCUGAUAUAUAUAUGCCCAACUGUGACAAGCAUGGUUUCUUCAGAAAGAAGCAGUGUCGGUCGUCUCGGGGCAUGCAUCGCGGCCACUGCUGGUGUGUGGACAAGAGUGGCAUACCAACCCCAUCACACACAAGCCCAGAGGGCACCCUGAUCUGUGACAACGCAUGAAAGGGCACUGUCCAGCCCACCCUAUCCUGCAGUCUGGAAUAUGGGCCAUAGGGUGAGGAUCGAGAGGAAGAAAAGUAGAGCAAGAUGAGAAUAAAAGAGAGGGAUAGAAAAGGAGGAAAAGUGAGGGAUGGAAGAGGAAGCACUUCCCAAAGUGCUUUACACUAAAUGGCUGAUACAAGCCAAAGGUUGCGUACCACAUGGCACCCUAUUCCCUAAGUAGUGCACUAUGUAGGGAAUAAGGUGCCAUUUGGGACACACACAAAUUCACCAACAACACUACUACCUACUAGGGUUGGGCUAAAUUCGAAUUGAAAGCAGUCAAUUCAGGAAAUGAUUUAAUUUAAAAUCCAUACAUUUACAUAUUUUUUUACAUAAAUAACUUCUACUUUUCAGUUUGAGAAGUCAUUGAAAAUGAAUUCACUUUUUUUUUUAGAUUAUUCAAUUGUAAUUUUUGUUUACUUCCUGGAUUGACUGCCUUAAAUUCUAAUUGAGCCCAACCAUGCUACCUACACGCACAAUCCUUCCAAUUCCAUUUCUCAUGGUCAUUCUCUUUAUCCAUCCUGUUAGUUUGGUCUCACAGCACCCUCUAGUGAUGAGUUAUGAUGCAAUACAGACCAGAAACAGAUGAUUUACCAAGUACAUUUGUGAGUGUGGACUAGAUGGGUAUGGAAUUGCUAUGCACUUUGUUAUCAUUUCAAAAUCUGUUCUCUGUGCUAUGACGCAGAGUUGUGAGUUCAUUUUAGAAUCUAACUCAAAGUUGGUAGGCCUGUAGUAAACUACAUACCCAAUUCCAUUUACCCACUUUUUUCCUGGCCUAGUGAUGAGGCUUGUCUCUGAUGAUGUAUCCACUGUCUCUCUUAUAACUCUGAAACUAUGCUCUUAAAUCUGACAUUAUUCUGAUGUUUAAACUCCAGGGUCAAGCACUACUAGAGCACCUCCAACCUUUUUACUGACAUUGCAGCAGACAAAUUUUAAUACUAUAAGAUAGUCCUUUGUAAACAUACAGUACCAGUCAAAUGUUUGGACACACCUACUCAUUCCAGGGUUUUUCUUUAUUUUUACUAUUUUCUACAUUGUAGAAUAAUAGUGAA